GAUGAUUCGACUGACCAACUUGUAGCAGGUGUGGGAAAAAAUGCUGUUCUUCUUACGUGGGACGGAAACAGCGAUCAGUCGGAGGUACCGGUCAAACCGUUGACUUCGCUCGAAUCUGCUCGGGCUCAAACAAGAACCAACGAUGGAAAGGUGGACUCAUCUGGAAGAUUUUGGAUCGGUACUAUGGCUAACGAAAUCGAUGGACAGAUAGCUCCCAAUCAAGGAACAUUAUAUCGCGUUGACAACGAUCGUAAGUUUGUGAAGGAAAUAUCGCCUGUUUCAAUAAGUAACGGAUUGGCAUGGAAUAUUGAAGAUGACACCUUCUAUUAUAUUGACUCACCUACACGCGUGGUUGCGGCGUAUGAUUACGAUCCAAGUGAUGGGAAAAUAUCUAAUAAGAGGAUUGUGUUUGACCUUAACAAGACUGAUUUGAAAGGGAUACCCGAUGGAAUGACCGUAGAUACAGAUGGUAAUCUUUGGAUAGCACUAUUUGGUGGACAACAUGUAAGUAUAUAAAGCGACAAAUUUAAAGAUUGACGAA